ACUUUUCUCAUGCAUUAAUGUAUUCACUAGCAACCGCCGACCGACAAUUCGCUCAGGGCCAUCUUGAAUCAUUCAAUGCAGUUGACGACUUGACUCUGCAGAGUCUUCCUUCUUGGUUCGAUGAAUGAAUUUUUUAUAACACCAAAACAAAUGUCACAUGACUCAAGAGUCUUCGUUCAUCAUCUACUCCAAUAUUGCCGUUAUCUUCCAAACGUCGAUAUAUAAUGGCCGGCCAAGGAGAUAAGUGGCCAGCGAUUGGGAUUGAUCUGGGGACAACGUACUCAUGCGUGGCUGUGUGGCGUCGUGAUCGAGUAGAGAUUAUAGUAAACGAUCUGGGCAACAGGACAACGCCGUCUCAUGUUGCCUUCACUCGCAAAGAGCGUUUGGUGGGUGAUGCAGCCAAGAACCAGAUCGCAAGGAACCCCGAUAACUCUGUCUUUGAUGCAAAGCGCUUAAUUGGUAGGAGAUUUAGUGAUUUAUUAGUUCAAAACGAUAUCAAGCUUUGGCCAUUCAAAGUCAUUGAAGGCCCUGAAGACAAGCCUAUAAUUGUGGUCACUUAUAAAGAUGAAGAGAAGCAUUUUUCUGCCGAGGAAAUUUCAUCUAUGGUCCUUAAUAAAAUGCGUGAGAUUGCCGAGGCCUAUCUUGGCACAAGUGUGAAGAAUGCUGUAAUCACUGUACCAGCAAACUUCAAUGACUCACAACGUAAGGCCACAAAGGAUGCUGGAAACAUUGCAGGACUCAACGUCAUGCGAAUAAUCAAUGAAUCAACUGCCGCUGCCAUUGCCUAUGGUCUUGAUGAGAUAGAUAUAGGCAAGAAAAAUGUCUUGAUCUUUGAUUUGGGCGGUGGUACUGUAGAUCUCUCACUACUUACCAUUGAAAAUGGUACUUUUAAAGUGAAGGCCGUUGCUGGAGACACUCACCUUGGAGGUGAAGACUUUGACAACAGAAUGUUAGAGCAUUGCGUUAAAAUAUUUAAUAGGCAACAAAAUGAGGACAUUAGUGGAAAUGUAAGAGCUCUAAGAAGGUUGAGAACUGCUUGUGAAAGAGCAAAGAUGAUUCUUUCUUCAGCAAAUGAGACUAGCAUUGAAGUUGAUUCUUUGUAUAAGGGUAUUGAUUUCUACUUAAGUAUUACUCGCGCCAGAUUUGCCGAACUUAAUAUGGACUUGUUCAAAAAGUCUAUUGAGCUUGUGGACAAGUGUUUAACUGAUGCUAAGAUGGACAAGAGUGGAAUCGAUGAUAUUGUUCUUAUUGGUGGUUCUUCUAGAAUUCCUGAUCUGCAACAACUGUUGCAGGACUUCUUUGAUGGAAAGCAGCUUAACAAGAACAUCAACCCAGAUGAAGCUGUGGCUUAUGGAGCCGCUAUUCAAGCUGCAAAAUUGGCUAGUAUGGGCAAUGAGAAAGUUGAAAACAUUGUAGUCUUGGAUGUCACCCCUCUGUCCCUUGGGGUGGAGGUCGGUGAAGGUGAGAUGUCAGUUGUGAUUCCAAGAAAUACUGACAUUCCCACCAAGAUGGAGCGGUACUAUACCACCAGGUUUGACGACCAAACUUCUAUUUUGUUCCCUGUUUUUGAGGGUGAGAGAGCAAGAACUGUGGAUAACCAUCAGUUGGGAGAAUUUAUACUUUCCUCCAUUCCUCCAGCACCCGAGGGUGUCGCUGAUAUUAAAGUAUGCUUUGAGAUAGAUGCCAAUGGUAUUUUGAAUGUAUCUGCUGUAGAGCAGAUUACUGGCACGAGUUGCGAGAUCACCAUCACCAAUGACAAGGCGAGGCUGCCCAAGGAAGAGAUCGAUAGGAUAGUGGAGGAUGCAGAGAAAUACAAGGUUGAAGAUGAUGAGCACAAGAAGGGGGUUACGGCUAAGGAGGCUUUGGAGAAGUAUACAUUCAAAAUGAGGAACAUUAUCAAUGAUAAGAAAAUUGGUGACAAACUUGACACUACUAGUAAGGAGACGAUUGAGGCAGCUAUUGGCCAGGCAAUUCAUUGGUUAGAUGGCAUCCAGCUCGCGGAGGUACAUGAGUUUGAGGAGAAACUGACUCAACUGAAGUUAAUCUGCAAUCCCAUCAUUCAAAAGAAUGGACAAAAUGAUGACAUGAUGUUGCAGAAUAUGGCACCAGAAGAAGACGUAGGACAACAAAGGAAAGGGAGCUCAAGCGGAAAUUCGGUUUUUAAUUACAUGGCAAAAGUGGGUCUCAACCUCAUUCCCUACAAAAAAACUACAAAAAAAAAGUGAUUGUUAGCGUCGACAUUUUGUCGUUGGUAAAACUAAAAGUCUCCUCUCGAAAAAUGUGUGAUAUUUGUCUCUUUUUCCUCCUACUUUUAUUUUGUUUAUGCAUGCACCGAAGAUAUAUGAAAGGAGA